CUAAAUAGUCUAAAACCAAUUAUUUAAUCAAUGAAAAGUACUGCUCAUUGGAUAAAGUCCAACAAUUUGUCGAACGCAAGCACACAUACACACACACACACACACACCAUAUCCUUCAUUUCUAUGAAAACAUCAUUUUCCUAAUCACCAUUCACAAGUGUUUCAGCGUACAUAUCUCAAAGUACACAAUCAUUUCAGACUAUAUUUGCAUGUAUAAAUGUACAUUUAUAUAGAUGAACUAUAACGUCAUCACGAAGUUCUUCUGAAGACAUUUACAAUGAAGUUCAUCAUAAUACUACUGAUUAUGUUACAUAUAUUAUCAUAUAAUGUCCAUUCAAAUAGAACAUUGAAAUUUAAUGAAUUAUGGAAGAAAUGGAAAUCUCUAUAUGCUAAACAAUACAAUGAUCCAAAUGAAGAAUUGAUUCGACAAAGAAUUUGGAAUAAGAAUCUAAUCAAAAUUCAAUUGCAUAAUUUACGUUAUGAUUUAGGCUUUGAAACAUAUUCUAUUGGUUUAAGUCGAUUUACCGAUAUUGAAUGGAAUGAAUUUUGUUCAAUGUAUAAAGUUGACAAGAGAUUAAUCAUUCCUGAAUCAUCUUUUAUUGAAGAAGAUUAUGAUGUGAAUAAUAUUGGUUGGACACCGGAUUCAUAUGAUUGGCGUCAUUUGAAUGUUGUGAAUGAACCAAGAGAUGAAGGUUCAUGCAUUGGUUCGUAUGCAUUUGCUGUAACAGCUGUAACUGAAUCUCAAUAUGCUUUACGUACAUCCAAUCGAAAAAACUUUUCUGUACAACAGUUUAUUGAUUGUACACGUAUAUAUGGUAAUAUGGGAUGUCAUGGUGGCUACACAUUUACAUUGUUUAUUUAUUUACAAAAUUUUGGAUUAGAAACAGAAGAGAAUUAUCCUUUUACGGGUGAGGAUCAAGAUUGUCUAGCAAAUAGUUCAGAUGUGAUUGUUCAAUCGAUUGGUUAUAAAUUUCAUCGACAUGGUUAUGAAACAAUUUUGAAAUGGGCAGUGUACAAUGAAGGUCCAUAUGUAAUUUCCAUGAAUAUUGAUGAAAAGUUUUUACAUUAUAAUGUAGGGUUUGGUGGAGAUGGUACAGCUUUCAUGGGUUUUGAAUCCCUUGAUUAAUCUUGGUUAGAUCACCAUAGAAAGUAUGGAAGUACUGGACAGCCGUUUCGCCCACGAUCUUGUGACCAGGGUCCGAAUCCAGGACUCUCAGCUUCACACAUGAACGCUCAAAUUCUAGAUCACUGAACCGGGAUUCAAUCAAUUAAAUAACUUUAUUCUGGUAGUCUCUAAUUUUAUUAAUCUUAACCUCAUCUGAAUGUAUCAAUUUCCCAUUCGAUUUGUCAGUGUUUAAGAAAAUUACAACUCAGAUAUGAAUUCGUCUCACAAUAAGUUCAGUUUGUAAUCCACUUUUUUUUCAGGUCAGGAAUAUAUCAAUCUGAUACAUGUACACAUUAUAAUUUAAAUCAAAGUAUGUUACUUGUUGGUUACGGUUAUGAUAAUGAUGGUAACGAUUACUGGAUAUUACAAAAUAAUUGGGGAACAAAUUGGGGUGAACAAGGUUACGUGAAAGUACUUCGUAACAAUUGGAAUAUGUGUGGAAUUGCUUCAAUGGCAUUUCGACCAAUAUUACGAGGUUUUUAACCGUCCCGUACAUUUUUAACAUUUCAAUUUAUGUUACUUUAAUGACUAAUUAAGUAGUCAAAACUUUCAACAAAUAUUUUGAACUGUAAAUUAUAAAACCACUGAAACAUGUUCAUUGAUUUAAUAUUUUCCCAACUACUUAACAGAAACAACAAGAGGAUGAUGUUGACGAUGUAUUUAAAAUAGCUGAAAGCUUUCAUUGUUAGCUACCAUUUGAGGCCAUCAGGGUAAAUGUUCUUAAGUUGACAGUAUUGUAGUCUUUCUUAAUAAAUUUUACUUGUAGG